AUGAAAGUUCCUGAANUUUUUUUUAAGUUUGCUUUCUUAUUUUUUGUCAUAGGGAGAAGCAUCUAUGGAGAAAAGUUUCCAGAUGAGAACUUCAAGCUCAAACACUAUGGAAUUGGAUGGGUUAGCAUGGCUAAUUCUGGCCCAGACACCAACGGAUCCCAGUUCUUCAUCAGUGUGACAAAGCCUUCCUGGUUAGAUGGAAAACAUGUAGUAUUUGGCAAAGUCCUUGAUGGAAUGUCUGUGGUGCACUCCAUUGAACUCCAGCAGACAGAUGAGCAUGACCAGCCCCUUCAGGACUGUGUGAUUGUGAAUAGUGGCAAAAUAGCUGUAAAGGAACCAUUUGUAGUUGAAGUAGAUGACUGGUGAGAUCAACAG